GUUCCGUAUCUGAAUAGAAGUUGUUGGGAGCCAAAGUGUAAGGGAGAACUUUUCAAAGACGGCAUGACUCACUGAGCGGUGAAUAUCCCAAAGUGCACAGGCAGCUGUGUGCACAGGGCUGUUCUAAACUGACAGUUAACUUUCCUGUUGAAGUGUUAUGACCAGGGAAGAAGGUUACAGAGAAGAAUUUAGCUAUGACAGGAUGCCAACUUUGGAGCGGGGAAAACAAGAGAAUGGAAAUUAUAUACCAGAUAUCAAAUCCAGUGACCUCCAGCUAUCAAAGAGGCUGCAUCCUUGCUUUAGUUACAGAAGGUGGAUCUUUUCUUUACUGAUGGGAACUUGCCUCCUUAUUACCUCGGGAUUUUCAUUAUAUCUGGGAAAUAUUUUUCCAUCUGAAAUGGAUUAUUUACGUUGUGCAGCAGGUUCAUGUAUUCCUUCAGCAGUUGUGAGCUUUGCUAUAGCAAGGAAUAAAAUUAAUGUGAUACCAGAUUUUCAAAUUCUGUUUGUCUCUACAUUUGCUGUUACAACAACAUGUUUAAUUUGGUUUGGAUGCAAACUUGUCCUCAAUCCAUCAGCUAUAAAUAUAAAUUUCAACUUGAUUCUCCUUAUUCUGCUGGAAAUCUUCAUGGCAACCACUGUGAUAAUUUCAGCCAGGUCUACUGAAGACUGCUGUACAGGAAAGAAAAAUACAGCAUAUGACAGUACCAUCAUUUUGAGCAAUGUCAGCUUUCCUACUCGAAUUCUGAAGUCGUAUUCAGUAGUUGAGGUGAUUAUUGGAAUUUCGUCAGUAUUUGGUGGAAUAAUUGCUUUGAAUAUGGAUGUUCUAGUCUCAGGUCCAUAUCUUUCAGUAACAUUCUUUUGGAUCUUAGUUGCUUGCUUUCCAAGUGCCAUUGCAAGUCACGUAGCUGCUGAAUAUCCAAGUAAAUGUCUGGUUGAGGUCCUGAUUGCCAUUAGCAGUGUUACCUCUCCUUUGUUGUUCACGGCUUCUGCCUACUUAUCCUUCAGUAUCAUGCAAGUUGUUGACAUCUUUAAAACUUAUCCACCUGCUGUUAAACAAUCUUAUGAUGUACUCCUGUUGCUUCUGAUGUUGAUGCUGCUAAUUCAGGCAUGCCUUACUCUUGGAACUGUAAUACAGUGUGUAAAUUACAAGACAAAAAUGAAGCUACAUGAUUUGUCAUGGACAGCAUCACAGGUUAAAAAACAGGAAUACAGAACACCAGAGGUUUCCAAUAAUACCUUAAAGGAUUUCGACAAAGAGAAAGCCUGGAAAGCAGUUGUGGUGCAGAUGGCUCAGUAGUUUGGAUUCUGCAAAUACAGCCAGUACAGUACAAUCCAACACAGUAAAUCAACUGUUUGAAUUAAGGCUUAAAAACUUUUCAGUUUAUAAACAGCAAAAUAGUCACAGCAGUAGGAGCCAAGGAAUAACACAGUAAAUAAUGUGUCUUUCUAAUAAUUUUGAAAUAUAUUGAUAAUAUUUUUAACACGUCUGUCUUUUCUGUUGGUAUCUGUAUUCUAGUGUUGCUUUAGAAGAUACCUUUAGGAGAACGGUAUUGAGUCACAUGGAUUUAUGCUGAUGGCAAAGUAAAAUAUGACAAUAUGUAGUGGGCUUCAUAUAUUUGCAAGAGAUUGUUAUAACUGCAGUUAUGCAGUCAAUGUAACUGAUAAAUGCUUUUGUAAAGUUAUGAGUACAAGUCAUAAUUGAUAUUUUUGCUUAUACUUCACUUUUGUAGGAGUUGUAAAGUUGUUUUGCAUCUCAUUGCUUUUAUGUAAAUAAAAGUCUUUAUUAUGUGGAAACUCAA